AGUUUUAAAGGUAGGCAAGUAAUUCAGAAAAACCUGGAAAACCCUAGCAAACCACAAAUGUGGACAGGACUCAGGCAGCUGGCCCUCUGUGACCUUUGUAUUCAGUGACUUUCCCUCCCCACAGCUGUCGUCAUCUCUGCCCAUAGCAGAGAGCAAAAGGAACUGAGCCCUCAUUCCAGAAGUCUCCAAGGAUUGGGGCUGGCCCCUCUGUGCUGGACUUUACCAGCAGGGAGACAGAGCAGGGCCUCGUGACUCAGCUUGGUCCCUUGUGAAGUGGGGAAGCCGUUAUUUCUAGGGAGCAGAGGAGGAGGUCUCUAGAGAGUCCUUCCUUAGGGUCGGGAUGCCUGCUGGAAGCAGAAGCCGUGGGAGGGGGGUGGGCCGGAGGGGGUUGGUGUCUUAUUACUGUCUUCUAUCCUGCCAUCCACACCCCCAGCCAGAGGCCACCAGGAGCACAUCACUCAUUGCGGCAGGAAGACUGUCCCCUGCAGGGACCUGAAGGACACCUCAAAAUCUUCCCAAGGUUGCAGACACCGACGGAUUUGCCCUGGGAGCCGGAGUAGCUGCCGCCAUCAGUCUGGAGCCAUGAGCGGGUUUAAUUUUGGAGGCACUGGGGCCCCUACAGGCGGGUUCACGUUUGGCACUGCGAAGACGACAACAACCACACCUGCCACGGGGUUUUCUUUCUCCACCUCUGGCACCGGAGGGUUUAAUUUUGGGGCUCCCUCCCAACCAGCCGCAAGUACCCCUUCCACCAGCCUGUUCUCACUUGCCACCCAGACUCCGGCCACACAGACGCCAGGCUUCAGUUUUGGAACAGCAACUCCUGCUUCGGGGGGCACUGGGUUUUCUCUGGGGACUGGUGCUUCAAAGCUAAACCUGAGCAAUGCAGCUGCCACCCCAGCCAUGGCAAACCCCAGCAGCUUUGGGCUGGGCAGCAGCAGCCUCACUAAUGCCAUGCCGAGCGCCGCCACCUCCAGCCAGGGCACAGCACCCACUGGCUUUGUGUUUGGCCCCUCCACCACCUCAGUGGCUCCAGCCACCACAUCGGGUGGGUUCUUGUUCACUGGUGGAAGCACGACCCAAACCUCCGGUUUCAGUAUUGGCUCAGCGGGGAAUUCAGCCCAGCCCACAGCACCUGCCGGGUUGUCCUUCACUCCAGCCACGCCAGCAGCCACCACAGCAGGCGCCACUCAGCCAGCUGCUCCCACACCGACGGCCACCACCACCAGUGCUGGGCCCACCCUCUUUGCCUCAAUAGCAACCGCUCCAACCUCAUCCGCCACCACUAGCCUCUCCCUCUGUACCCCUGCGACCACAGCAGGAGCCCCUGCCGCUGGGACACUGAGCUUCAGCUUAAAGGCACCCGGAGCAGCUUCCGGCCCCUCCACAACAACAUCCACUACUGCCACCACCACCACCAGUAGCACCAGCAGCAGCACCAGCAGCACCGGCUUUGCCUUGAAUUUAAAACCACUGGCGCCAGCCGGGAUCCCCAGCAAUACGGCAGCCGCCGUAACUGCUCCACCUGGCCCCGGUACAGCCGCAGGGGUGGCCACCAGCUCUGCCAUGACCUAUGCACAGCUGGAGAGCCUGAUCAACAAAUGGAGCUUGGAGCUGGAGGACCAGGAGCGGCACUUCCUCCAGCAGGCCACCCAGGUCAAUGCCUGGGACCGCACGCUGAUUGAGAACGGAGAGAAGAUCACCAGCCUGCACCGAGAGGUGGAGAAAGUGAAGCUGGACCAGAAGAGGCUGGACCAGGAGCUCGACUUCAUCCUGUCCCAGCAGAAGGAGCUGGAAGACCUGCUGAGCCCGCUGGAGGAGCUGGUCAAGGAGCAGAGCGGGACCAUCUACCUGCAGCACGCGGACGAGGAGCGCGAGAAGACCUACAAGCUGGCCGAGAACAUCGAUGCUCAGCUGAAGCGCAUGGCCCAGGACCUCAAGGACAUCAUCGAGCACCUGAACACGUCCGGGGCCCCCGCCGACACCAGCGACCCGCUGCAGCAGAUCUGCAAGAUCCUCAAUGCGCACAUGGACUCGCUGCAGUGGAUCGACCAGAACUCGGCCCUGCUGCAGAGGAAGGUAGAGGAGGUGACCAAGGUGUGCGAGGGCCGGCGCAAGGAGCAGGAGCGCAGCUUCCGCAUCACCUUUGACUGAGCCCCCGCGGGUCCCCGGGGAACUCCCCUGUUGUCUGGUGUGCCCUGUUGUCUGGUGUGGGGUUGCGGCAACAUACUUGUUUCUUGCUUUCCUUCGCGUGACUGUGCCCUUGAGACAGUUGUUGUGUGCUUUGACUUUUUCCACUUAGGAAAUAUCCUGAGCCCUCUGCCCAGGGAACAGCCUCAUGGGUGUGGCUUCUGUGGCUUUCAUUUCAGUGUCUUUUUUUUUUAAAGACGGGUUUUCACCAUGUUGGUCAGGCUGG